UUAAUUGUCAAACGCCGACAGUCAAAACUCAAAAAUAUUAAAAUAUUCUAGUGUUAAGUUUCUUAAAUAGCUAUACAAUAUAUGGUUUAAUUUGUUCGUGCAGUGUGUUUACAGUACAUGCAUACAGUGUGAUGUCGCUAUUAGAAGAUGUUUUUCUACGAGACGAAGCCGACGAAGCCCAAGAAUUAGAAAGAGUAAUAGAGGGCGACGAAUAUGAAGACAGACUCCGGCAUAGAUCAGAUAGUGAUAAUGAUAGUGAACGAUCAGACGAAGCUGAGGAAGAUAAGAGAAAAGUUGAUCCAGCAUCAACUAAAAUAAGACGAAUAAUUAAAAAUCCAAGAUUUGUUUUGAAUCCUGCUAGAUUAACCGGACCGAGAGGAAUACAUGUUAUACCAGAACAUUUCAAAGAUUUUAAAUUCAAAGGUAAAGGUCAUGAAAAGGAAGAUCUAGAUUUAAUUCUUAAGAAAUUAGAACAUUGGGCCUAUAGAUUGUAUCCUAAAUUUCAAUUUGAGGAUUGUUUGAAGAAAAUUGAAACGCUCGGAAAGAAGAGACCUGUUAUGGUUAAUUUACAUAAAAUAAGAUCGGACCAAUUUACUACGGAGGAGCCGAUAGUUCAGAGAGAUUCCACUGAUGAUGAUGAGCCUCAGGACGAGUUUGACAAGUUGUUGCAGCAGCAAAUAGAUUUAGCUAGAGCUGCUGAGGCAAAGACAGAUGAAACACAUAGUCCCGUUAGGAGUAACAAGCCCUUAUCACCGAAAGCGACUUCCUCACCAUCAAUAAGUGAUGAACAGAAGGAAAGAAUGCUGAGAAAUAGGAGACUAGCCGAGGAAAGGCGGAAAAAUAGAAUUUUAGCUAAUAGUGUCACUGAAGAAGUUACACCAGCUUUAAAUGAGGACAAUGACAAUCAUAAUAAAGUUGAAGAAGAUUUGGACACGAAUAUUAGUAGAAAUAAGAAAAUUAACAGAUCCAAUGUUAUUGAUAGCUCAGACGAAGAUAUAUGUGUUGUGAACGAAUCAUUCACCGUUGACAUACACAACGGUACAACAGACAACGGUAGGAAUAGUGAGGAAAAUGUUACUCAUAAUGAAAAUUGUUCAGAUAUAAAAGAUAAAGAUGAAGGUAAAGAUAUGGUAGAGCGUGGAAGUACAUUAGAACAUAAUCCUAUUGAUGCAAUUAGUGGGAAUAAUGAUUUAGAAAAUCUCAACAAUUCAGAGACAUUGUCAAAAGAUAUAGGAGCUAAUGGUACUAUGGAUGUAGAUUUUGAUGUAUAGACGCUUGUUAUAUAUUAGGUAUAUUCGUUAUUUUUGUAUAAUAUGUAUAUAUAAGGAAGUUAAGAAUAAUAAUUGUUUACUUUGUUUGUUCUGUAAAAUUAAAUUCUCAUAUUCACGAAGGAGGAAAGUAUUAAAAUACCCAAUGUCUUUUAAGUCAUCGUAUGUUAUUGUGUAAAUAAAUAUUUUUGAAGUAUG